AUGUCCCCUGCGUCCUACAGGGAGGCUCUCGCUGUGAAGGAUGCUGCGACGUCAAAUCCGGACCUGGACAUGGUGGACAAGGUGGUGCGCACUGUGGCGGCAGAGCUCGGGAAGUCGUGCGUCUGGAGUCAACGCUUCAAGUACCUGCAGCGAGUGAUCUACAACACGAACCUUGAAGUCCAGGGGAUCCACACGGUUCGGUGGCUGUCACGAGGGGAUGCGGUGCGUCGGCUCUGCAAGGUCCUGGGCGCGUGCAUUGUUCUACUCUGGGAGAACAGCCACAAGGCGUACGAGAUUGUGACGAACUACAAGUUCCAGUUCUGCCUGUUCUUCCUCGACGACAUCCUCGCCGACAUGAACAACCUCAACCGUUGUUUCCAGAAGCGUGAUUCCACCACGGCGGAUCUGACGGAGCGGUACUUGGACAACGACAAGCCGUUCAGUGGCGAGAGCAAGUGCUGGCUGGUCGGCUUUCUGCAGCUGCAUGGGCAAGGCGGAGGCAAGAAGGUCCGGGUGCGAGGCGUGGACGGGGAGGGACGCCCAAUCAACCACCUCUACACUAUGCACGAGAGGCAGCUCCCGGGGCACAAGUCCAUGAGGAGGAGGCGCCCUGCGAAGAGCGCGAAGCUGGCUGUGGCAGAGCGUGGGAGGAAGGGGAAAGCGAAGGAGGGUGAAGACGAGGCAGGAACUGCCGGGCAGAACGAGGAGGAGGAGGGGGAGGAGGAGGAGGAGGAUGUGGAACAGGAGCUCGGCGACGAUCGGGACCUCGUGGGGGAGGAGGAGGACAAUCCCUUCCUCUCGGACGAUGAGGAUGUGGAGGAGGUGUUCCAUAUUGACAAGACCGUGCACUAG